AUGUGCGGGUCCCCGGUUGGAGGCAACCUGGCCCGCGGCCACCACUGCGCCCAGCCCGGUAGCUGCCUGGUCCCCUCGGGCUGCCCCCGCGCUGCCUCCCUGUCCCUCUUCCUCACCUUCCUUCCCCGUCUGCUGGUCACGUCUGACCCAGCUCAGCAGCCUGCUCCCGGCGCUCCCGAAGGAGGGGCUCCCGAAGGAGGAGCUCCCGAAGGGGCAGCCCCCGGUGGGGGUCCCCCCGGGGCUCCCCCCAACCUGACCAGCAAUCGCCGCCUGCAGCAGACGCAGGCCCAAGUGCAGGAGGUGGUUGAUAUAAUGUGUGUAAACGUAGACAAGGUGCUGCAACGAGACGAGAAGCUGUCAGAGCUGGAUGACCGGGCAGAUGCACUUCAGGCUGGCGCUUCAGUAUUUGAAAGUAGCGCAGCAAAACUCAAAAGGAAGUACUGGUGGAAGAACUGCAAGAUGAUGAUCAUAAUGGGAGUGAUUGGUGCCCUUGUGGUGGUGGUGAUUGCACUUCAGGACCCAAAUGAAGACCUCCCAUGAGUAGGACACUGUUCACAACAUAUCUUGGAGCAUGAACUGGAAUAAAGGUAAGUGUCCCUUUGUUUUGCUUCACUGUACAUUUGAAACUCAUUAAAAGGAUAUGACAGAGCUUUGUCUAGUGCAGACUUCUUUUAAAAUUAGGUACUUGUGUCCUUAUCUGCCCUUAGUGCUUCAAAAGCUAGGUUGUAAAGCAAUCUUCCCUGUGGCUUCUGGUUCCCUUAUGAUCGAUCACUGUCCAGUCUUAAACAUCACCAAAAUCACACCAGAACAAUGACCACACUAGAACAACUCUCAAUGGUGAAUUUGGAGCAAGGC